CAGUGUCUUACUUUGACGGCAGUGUCUGUUACUGGUUGCGCUGACAUCUGAAGCGUGCACUGCGGUCUUUUGCAGUUGGUUUAAGUUGCUACCCAGAGCUAUGAAUCACUGUGAGUUUGAAGAAGUGACACAACAUAUCAAUGACAAAAUCUCCAUGAUUAAAAGACUCCUGGAGCUUCGAGCUGUUGCAAAAGAUCCAGACAAACGGGGAACCCUUCUAAAAAUCGAGCAAGAAGUCAAUGCCAUCAAUGAGCUUCUUGAUCGUUUUGAAAGAUAUGUAGGUCAGCAAAGAGACAUGCUGAAGCACUUAAAGGAUCUGGAAGAGUUUUUCCAGGAAGAUGAACAAGAUGCCAAUCACCUUAAGAACAACAUGCCUCCGCACAUGCCCAGAAAAGGCCAACAGGCAGCACCACAAGAGGAGGGACAGGUGGCAGUUCAGAACAGGCAGACAGAUGCGCCACAGGCCCUGAAGGAACAGGGGCCACCUAAGAAAACCCACCGCAAACAGAUCAAAGAGCUGGAGUUCAUUACUGUCCCAGAGUUUGACAGCAUACCACCGUACAUGAAAGGCCGCGUGACCUACGACCAGCUGAACGCAACGGUGCAAAGCAUCAAUACAGCCGUAACGGCAAAAUAUAAGAUUCUCCAUCAACCAGUCAAGACCUUGAACAACGUGUCUCGUAUGCUCCAGCAGCGCUUUAAAGACCAAGAAACCAAGGACACCAAGGGUCAGUUUUUCGUUGUGGAGCAAGACAUUAAAGAGUUUACCCAGCUGAAGGUGGACAAGAAGUUUGUGGGCAUGCUAAACAUGUUACGCCACUGUCAGCGUCUAAAGGAGGUCAGAGGAGGAGGAGUAACGCGCUUCAUUCUGCUUUAAGAUCUUGGAGGUAUUCGCUGCCCCCAACACCCAACUACAUCACAUGGCUUUGAAUGAAAGACAUUAUGAAAUGAAAUUUUGCCGAAGAUGGCUCUGAUCAUAAUUUGAUCUGUAAUAUGAAUUAUUUUUGUUUGUAUAUUUAUGUCAUGUUAUUGUUGAUGGUCACUUUAUCAAUAAAAAAUGAUUCCUGCAUUAUUUAUAUUGUCAAAGCAUCCAAAAUAUCGUCACUGGCCAAAUAAAGAGACGGUUUGUCAAAAGUGUUA